GAAACUAUAUUACUAAUAGUGAAACAGAGAAGUGUGCUAUACUGUCAGUUCUGUGGACAGCCCCUGGAGAAUUCCAAGUUGAAGCACAAGUGGAAGAUGAGUCUCAGCUUCUGAAAUGUAGUUCUCGCGAUAAAUACCUUCCAUGGUUGCUGGGAAACGCUGGGAGAGCGUGUAGGGGAAAUAACAACUGUGAAGAAAGCCGAAGACAAUAUUUUUCUUUGGCAUUUUGCCCGGGAGGAACGCUGGCUAUUUAAGCAGUUUCUUGAUGAUUAGUUUGUGGUAUUGGAUUUAAAUAGUUAAAAAGCUAGUGCCAAGUUCUGAACAUCAUAGCAACGUCAUGACACAAAGACCACCCUCCGGUAGACCGAUGAGUCGUGGAGGUUUGGCACCUGGAGCAGGAAGACCCCCUACGGCAAUCAGGCCUCCACAGACAGCCAUCAGAGUGGGGACAGGGAUGGUUCCGGGGACUGGUCGGCCUGGGACUAGGGGAGGGCCCUUGGCUACUCCAGGGGUCCUGUCUGCUCAGAUCAAAGUGGCCGAUCGACCUGUCACUCAGCAGGGCUUGAGUGGCAUGAAGACCGGGAUGAAAGGACCUCAGAGGCAAAUCCUGGAUAAAUCAUAUUACCUCGGAAUACUCAGGAGUAAAAUCAAUGAACUCACAACUGAGUCCAGUAAAUUGCAAAAGGAAAUUGAAAACUUCAACCAGGAGAACUCUGUUUACCUGUCCUAUGAGAAGAUAGCCGAAGGACUUGCUGGUGAAAUAAAAGACCUUCAGGGACAACUGGCAGAUUAUAAUAUGCUUGUGGACAAACUGAACACCAAUACUGAGAUGGAAGAAGUAAUGAAUGACUUCAAUAUGCUGAAAGCCCAGAAUGAUCGUGAAGCUCAAAGUAUGGAUGUCAUUUUCACAGAGAGACGGGAGAAGGAGGAGAUGAUCCGGGUGGUGGAGGCGGAAAUCGAGCGGGAGAAACAGGCGGCCGAUGACAUCGUGAAGAAGAUGGCCCCCGAGAAGCAGGCCAAGUACGCUGAGAUGAAGAGCAGCAACGAGGAGCUGCUGCAGGAGUUGGAUUCUCAGCAGCAGGAACUUGAUACGCUCAUCUCAAGAAAGGAGACUUUGGAAGCAGAGAUAGCCCACUCCCAGGUGAAGCAGGAGGCCGUGCUCCUGCACGAGAAGCUACAGGAGCUGGAACUGAGGAGGGACGCCAUGGAGGCCGAGGACAAGAGCCUGGGCUCUCCUCAGGAGGAGAGAGAGCGCCUCCUCAAACAGGUGAAAGAAGAUAAUCAAGAAAUAGCUAGCAUGGAAAGACAGCUGACUGAAAUACGGGACAAAAUGGGCCAGAUCAAUGAGGAAAUGCGGCAGCUGGACAAUGACAUGGAGGAGCAUCAAGGGGAAAGAAACCAGAAGUACAAAGAGCUAAAGAAGAGAGAGGAGAACAUGGACAAUUUUCUGGAGACGUUUGAAGAGAGCAAGGCUCAGGAGCUGGAGCGCAGUGAGCAGACGCAGGCCAGCAUCGUGGCCUUACUGGAGCACUGCAGCAGGAACAUGAAUCGCAUGAAGCAGAUCUCGUCUGUCACAGCCAAUGAGCUGAAGUCUAUGCAAGAGGACCUCAGCUUCAAGGAGACUGAAAUGCACAAGUCACAGAACACCGCUAAGGGCUUGUCUGCAGAGAGCCAGCGCCUGCAGCAGGACCUGCAGAAGGUGGAGCAGCUGGAAGCCAAGAUCAACACGGAGCUGGACAGCCUGAAGGAGAAGAUCCAGCAGAUGAACGAGGGCCUGGAGACCUACAGCAACCUGGAUGCGCUCAAGGCAGCCGGCGAGGAGAAGAAGAAGAGGCUGCAGGAAGACCGGGUGUCCCUCGCCCAGAGAAGAGACACCUUCCGGAAGGUCAUGCACAGGAUGAAUGAGGACUACGAGGCGCUGAAGAACCAGCUGCAGGAAAACGAGACCCACGCACAGCUGACCAACCUGGAAAGGAAGUGGCAACAUCAUGAGCAAAACAACUUCGUCAUGAGGGAGUUCAUCGCCUCAAAGGGAAUGGAAAGUGACUACCGUCCUGUGGUGAAGACCGUGACCAAACAACUGGCAGAGUACAAUAAGAUCCUCACAGACGCGCUUCAGGGCAGCCGAAACUAGGGGACCACUUCCUUCCUGUGUGGUAUCCUCCCAGGGUCUGACCCUGGCCCGCUUCCUGCACGCCGCCUCGCCGUGCGCGACAUUCCAAGUCCAUGCGUUUCAGAAUCAUCACGCGUGGAACCCCGUCAGGUUUCGCUUGUAAAACAGGACGCAUUAUUGUGAAUGCGUGCUGAAUCUAGUGAGCACAUUAAUGAUGUUUUUGUUGAUUUUAUGUUACAUUUUAUAUUUCUAUAGUUGUCCCAACGGGGUUAUUUAUUGGUGCGUAUUUGUUACAUGGUAUCCUAUCUCAGUCCUUUUACUCAGUUUCCCGAGCUUCCCAGUUGUAACAGCAUCUCGGCCCUACCAUGAGCUCAUGGGCUGAGAGAGAGGAGGGGUUCCUUACGCACGUCAGCUUCGAUGGGAGCCCGUGGACCUGGCCCCGCUCCAGCCAUUGCCCAAGAUGCAGAGUGCUCUGAGAGGUCUGUUUUAUCCUCCUCCCUCUGCCCAGAGCUGUCUUGGUUUGUUUAAUACCCAUUUUACAAGCACAUUGUUAAUCCUCUGGUACAUCACACUCCUUCAUCAUUGUCAUCAACCCUAUAAUGUAAAAAAAGAGGCUAUGUAAAACUUAAGUAAAACUUACCUGAAUUCUGUGA